AUGGAUGAAGAUGCAUAUCAUGUCAUUCUUUCAGAUGAUGAAGAUGGACAGGAGGAGGAGGUGGAAGACGUCAAUGAAGCAGGCAAACAGAAGCUAACUUCUAAAGUUUGGUUGGAAAUGAAGAAGAUGAGGAUGAAUGGACAAUGGAAAGAAAAGUGUAACUAUUGUCACAAGGAACUUGCUUCAGGACCUAGAGCAGGCACAAAGCAUCUUGCUGCUCAUCUAAAGAUUUGUACUCUCAAGAUGUUGAAGAUGAAGGGAGGCAAAACAUUGAGUCAGCCAUCAUUGAAGAUGAAUGCUAAGGAGGACGGUAACAUUUUUUUGGACAGCUAUACGUUUGAUCAAGAGGUUGCUAGAAGAGAGCUUGGUAACAUGUUGGUGUUGCAUGAGUAUCCACUGUCUAUAGUGGACCAUGCUGGUUUUAGGAAAUAUGUGACUGUGGACCACCAAAAGAAGGGAUAUAUGGCCAUUACAGCUCAUUUCAUUGAUGAAUCUUGGAAGCUUCGGAACGUUAUCAUGAGGUUUGUAUAUGUUCCAGCACCUCAUACAACUGAAGUGAUAUGUGAGGUGCUCUAUGAUUCCCUGUUUCAAUGGAAUAUUGAUGAAAAACUGAUGACAGUGAGUGUGGAUAACUGCUCCACCAAUGACAAGGCAAUUGAGAUGAUUGUGGGGAAGAUAGGGAAGGAGAACCUCCCUUUGGAAGAUCUAAUGGGGAAGGCUACACUUCUUGAUCCUCAGUACAAGAGGCAUAUGUUGACUGCUUGCUUUGCCAUGCUUCAUGGCAUUGAGCCAUCUUCUUAUGAGUGUGUGGAGUUGGUUGAUGCAUUAGUAGCUAGACUACAUUCACUGAUAGAGGAGUAUGAAGUGGAAAUAGAUGAAUAUAAACCAUGUGAAGAAUUGAUUUCUUCAAUGAAAGCUCCAGCCAUCAUGAACAUUUUCAAUGACAUUCUUGCCAAGCAAAGUCCUGCAGCAGCUCGGCUACAAGGUGAAAUAGAUAUGUACUUGACAGAUGGCCUAGUGCCGUACACAGAAGUAUUUAGUGUGUUGGAUUGGUGGAAAGUAGCUGGAACAAGAUAUCCAACAUUAAGGAAGGUUGCCAGAGAUAUAUUUGCCAUUCCCGUGACAACAGUUGCUUUAGAGUCGGCAUUUAGCACAAGUGGCAGAAUACUUAGUAUAAGAGCAUAG